AUGCUGGAGACCUUGCCAAGUGAGAUUCUCAUGCUGAUCGCAGAUUGGCUGCCAACCACCACCCUGCGUAUUCUCAGCCGAGCCUCGUCCAGACUGUAUGCGGUUUUGGUCCCUCGGAUCUACCGUAUUAUUUCAUUCCGUGCAGCUAGUGAGUGGGCGCUGAAUGUGUUGGAUGUUGACCCCUUCUUUCGCAACUUUGGUCCUUCACGGGCCGCGGACUAUCUCCAGCAUGCGCGGCACCUACAGAUCAAGGCCCCUUUUCACCUAGUCCGGUUUAAUCGAUGUGCAUACUACAAUAUAUUCCGUGCGGCCGGGCUGCCAAAUUCACCGACUACACUGGGUUCCUCGGACGAGGCGACGGCACAUGGGCAAUUUCUCGACGACGUGAGGGAUCAGUUGCAGCUGCUAUUCACCCACUUGAAGCCGAAUCGACUGAGUACAUUUGAAUGGCGACUAGGGACAUGUGUUCCGGUAGGAGUUCUCGACCAGGAAGGCUAUCUCAGUCGGUACCAGCAGCGCCUCACUCGCCUCUCACUCGUCACUGACGGGACCUGUCCUGAAACUGUGCACCAUUUGGAAGGCGUGUCUAGAUUUUCCUGUCUGACGAUGUUUGCAUGGGAAGGACUCCAACAUCCGUCCGAGGUUGCUUUGCUGCGACAGUGCAUCCGUCAGAACUGGUGCCACCUGGAUCAUCUGUGCAUUGGAUUUGUGCCAUCUGCGUUCGCCCGUUCUCUGUGCUGGGAAAGUCUUGGGCUUCAAAAAUCGGAGCUCGAGGUCAGUGGUAUCGGGACCGGCCGCGCACGGAACGAGGAUCUGGGGAUUGGGAAUUUGGCCACGCUUCCCGCUCUGUCCACGCUGUCACUGUCAAAGGUGACCCUGCCUCCGGAUAUCUCAUCGGAGCAUCAUGAGAUAUUCUGGUCCCUGCGAGCGCUCACGCUGCGGGACUGUCCGAAUCAGCUGCGUCUCGUACAACUAUUGUCUCGGUCGCAAAAGCCGCUCCAGCUGACGCAUUUGGAAUUCUCUUUUGAUUACCUGCUCCACGAAUCGGGCGAGGGACGUGGCCUCUCUGCGAUUGUGCGAUUCUUGUGUUCGUUCCGUGGGCUGCAACAUCUGCAUCUGAAGUUAUCCAACUUCCCGGCAUCAAAAUCCGACAUCCAGGACGCAAUCCGACACCACCAGUCUACGUUGAAAAGCCUUGUCUAUCAUGAGCGCCAACUCGCUCCCAUCGACGCUGAUGGCUUGUUUGAGGAUGAUCGGGAUGUGUCGCCCGCAUGGAUCACAAACCUGUCUGCCAUCGUAGACCUUGGCCAGCUGUCUGCUCUGGCGCUGUGCGCUAGUCCAUCUGUGGCUCGGCGGUGCCUUCAACCUAUGGCGAAGCAAUCCCAGCUUCAGAUCUUACAUCUGCGGUUCAGCGGCCUCGAACGAAUCCACCGAGACAUCCCACGAGAAAUUACCACCUUUCUACAUGAGAUGUGCAAAGAAUAUUCUCGGCGUCCUCGUUCGUGGCCGGGUUCCAUGAACUGGAAUGCCCCCAUUGAUGACAACUGCGAUCUCAGUUUUGAUGAGUACUUUGACAGGUCACAACUCGAGUAUCUAGACCCGCAGGAGGCAGUCCUUGCGUCUUCUGCAGCGAUUGCAGAGGCCGAGGAUUUUGUGUCAUUUGCCGACUGGGCAUUUGGCCCCGACGGACUGCCGGCUCUGCAGGUCCUCGCGUUUGGAGACUUCUCCCACGGUGAUCGAUACAGGGACCAGCAGUUUUUGAUACGCCGUAACUGUUCUUCAUGCGACUGUGAUGGCAAGGGACGUGCCGGCCUUGCAUGCGACGACACGACGAGACUGCCCUUCUGUGUGGCCAAUAUGAAGGACCCUUCCAUUUGGGACGGUGCUGUGGUGGAUGGAGCUCGUUUUCUCUCAGCGUGCCCAGGGGGCGGGCUGAUGGAGUCACCCUACGAGCUGUAG